AUGGCGUCUCUCCGCCCGCCUCUCUAUAGACAGUUCUUGACACCGGCCCUGCACAGAAGAUUUACAAGUGCUGCUCUCAUCACUCUCGUGGUCUGCUACGCCGAGGCUGUACUGAUCGCAGACAAGUCUUCAAUAUUCUGGUUCUGGUUCCCAAUUGGCCCAGCAGGCAUACGAACACUCCUCCUCUUCGUAUCGGCACUCUCUAUCUUCGUACUACGUGUGGCUCAACUGCAUUUGGGGUCUCGGACAACAGCAUCACCCUUUGAGACCUUCACACGGUAUCUGUUCCGCUUGAACACUGUCCAGACAUUGGCAUGGUACCUUUUCUCGGCAUGGUGGUUCAGUGAGGUCUACAUGUGGUCGGUACCAGAGUCGGCGAAUCUAGGCUGGGUAGCUGCAGGAAAACCAUGGGAACGCAAACGACUCAAUGAGCGACCAAUAUACCUCCGGAGCGUCUUUUUUAUGCUUGCAGUCCUUCAAUCUGGCUUGCACCUCUACUAUAACUACGACAGCGUUGCCUUGCCAGUCAUGCAGGCAAAGACAGACGCCAGUUCUGGACAACCUCCAAAGCAGGAGCAUCCAGUUCUCCAGCUGAAGGUUCUGCUACCAAGCCUAUCACGAGAGAUAGGAACCCGCGCAACAGGCAUGGCCAUCUUGGGACCCGUAGUCUAUGCUCUCUUCAUUCGACGGGCGGCGUGGAGCUGCUCUCUGUACUUCGCUGCAUUGCUGUGGGAUGUGCCUGCCUCACAGCUAUCGUACAUACCACCGUACCACUACUCCCUUAUCCUUCGCUCCUUGACGUCCGGCGCCCUCUUGAUCACAACAUGGGAGUUCUCAAAUGCGAUCUUCAGUGCCUAUCUUACGUUGGAGCCAAUGAAGCGAGAGCAGCCCUUGACAGGUGAAUCCAAAGAUCCCAACGCAAGCUUACUGAACGGGCUCAAGGCAAAACGGGAGGUCAUCAGGACCUUUGCGUUUUGCGAGCUUGCACUCAUCAGCCAGCGCUUCGCAGCACGGCGCAAAGCUAUCUUCGCAGAUAUAGACCGCCCAACCGGUUCAGCAUGGACUCAGAUCAUGACUCUCUGCGUGGGCAACAUUCUCGCCAUCAGCAAUCGCAUCGCUGAAUUCCAAAAUCCAACCACCAAAUCCGUAGCACCUCCGCAGCGAAUUACCAUCGAAUCCCUGCCUUCAAUCUCGUCGGCGCCCCUUAGGAAAGAAAACAUCUUCAGCAACGCCCGAACUCCCGCGACUACACGCGAAAAGAUCGAGUCAAGUUUCGGCACCAUCGCCAAGUCGUACGGGCAAUCACCACAGCCUGCGAAGCCUCUGAAAUUUUUAGAAAGCCAACGCGCAGAAGGAGAGAAAUAUCUAGGUGUUGCACGUCAAAAACUCCUUACCCAAGGCCAACAGGAGAGCUUGAGCAGCAGCGGUCUGCUUGCUCAGUACAACGCCUACCUCAUUCGCUUCUUGCGCACUCCGUUUGGCCGUCUCUUCCGACGGACAUUCAAGCGUCGUGUCUCUACUGUGGUGCUGGGAUCGCCGUUUGGCGAGCUUAAUCCCAUUAUUGAUUCUGUCAAUGCGCUGACUGCUCUAGCUCUUGCAAGCUUGGCAGAGGAUAACUAUGGCAAGGUAGCCAAAGAUGUCCCACUGCUAAUUCAAGCAUUUGUCAGUGUCAUACAGUCUGUAGAGGGUUUUGUGAGAGAUUUGCCUGUUCAUUGGACUGAUGUAGAGUUUUCCGAAUCGGACAGAAGAGCAGAGGAAGUGGACUUGGUGGUUGGGACCUUGAAGGCAGGAUUGAAGGAGAUGGUGGAUGCUUUUGGGAAGUAUGCCGCCGAGCUUGGUUUGACGGAAAGGGAUAUGAAAGCAGCAAGGCGAGUCGCUGGGGUCGAGGGGGAUGAGUGA